CAAAAACUGAAUGACUAAAUCAAUUCGGAUGUGGAUCAAUUAGGAUCCGGACUCAAAUCAAUGAAAUAUAUACAUUAUGUGCUUUCGAUUGCCGCAAUGCUUAGACGUGUCAGAUGCCCAAAUGCAUUGAGAAGAGCGCUGGACAAGUCAUCUGGCAGGCGGAAUAUCAAGUCCCUUACAGUGGAGCAUGAACUUCACAAGGUUGAGCCCAAGGCCAAAAUGCCACAGGUGAUAGCAGAUCCUGGCUACAAAUAUAAAGAGGGCAUGGUCUAUUACGGGUUCCAGUGCGAGCGCAUCGAGCAUAACUCGGACUUUGGAUUUGUGUCCUGCAGCCUGCGACACAUUGGCACGGGCACGGAGUUUUGGUAUAUCGAUCGCAAUGACACAAAUAAUGUAUUCUCAAUUAACUUUCGCACUCCGCCCGUCGACUCGACGGGUGUGUUUCAUGUACUGGAGCAUCUCGCCUUAUGCGGAUCAAAGACAUUUCCAGUUCGCGACCCCUUCUUCAAAAUGCUAAAUCGAUCAGUUGCCACAAAUAUGAAUGCUCUGACUGGAGCUGACUUGACUGUUUAUAUAUUCUCUUCCAGGAAUGAGGUCGACUUCCGGAAUAUACAGCGUAUCUAUUUAGAUUCUGUUUUCAGGCCAAAUCUACUCUAUUUGGACUUCCUACAGGAGGGCUGGCGACUAGAGCAUAAGGACUUGCAUAAUCGAAAGUCUGAGCUCAUGAUUAAGGGUAUCGUUUAUAACGAAAUGAAGGGAACCUUUUCUGAGAACUCGCGAGUAUUCCGAAAAAGCCUUAUGGGCAACUUAUUGCCAAAGCUCGCAUACAGGAACGUAGCCGGCGGCGAUCCUCCCGAGAUUCCCAAUUUAACGCACGCAGCGCUGAUCGAGUUCCACCGCAAAUACUAUCAUCCAAGCAAUGCGCGCAUAUUCUGCUACGGCUCCUUCGACCUAAUGCAGACACUUUCAUUUGUCAAUAGGGAAUACCUUAUGCACAAUGAUUUCAGGGACACUUACUACAGCCGCAUUCCACUUCAUCCGCGCUGGUCACAGCCGCGCCAUGUUCACAUUCCCUGUCGCAUGAACAACAUGGGCGCCUCGAUGGACAGGCAAAACCAAAUUGGCGUCGCGCUCCUGAUGUGCGACAGGAUCGAUGUACAGGAGUGCUUCGAGCUGAAUGUACUGACCGAGCUGUUGAUUCGUGGUCCGAACGCGGCUUUCUUCAAGGGUCUGAUAGAGCCAAACUUUUCUGGCGGAUUCAAUAAGAACACGGGCUAUUACUUUACAAGCAGAGAUACGUACUUUGCUGUGGGCCUGCAAGACUUAAGGGCCGAAGACUUUGCCAAAUUCAAUGAACUAUUCCACCAAACUGUUCAGCAGACAAUCCAAGAGGGCUUUGAGCCUCAGCACAUAGAAAGCGUUCUGCACAAACUUGAACUCUCAGUGAAGCAUCAGAGCGCCGACGUUGGCAGCGUCCUGCUGUAUAACUCGAUGACGCUCUGGAAUCAUGGGGGUGAUGUUGUGGCCAAUCUGCGAGUUUCGGAAAUGAUUGGCAAAUUGCGAAACAGCUUGAAGGAGAACAAGAACUAUUUUCAAGAGAAAGUCGAAAAGUAUUUCCUGAACAAUCCGCACAAGCUCACGGUGACAAUGACUCCUGAUGAAUUAUAUGAUGAGAAUUUAAAAAGAGCUGAAAGGCAGUUAAUCGUCAAAAAAGUAAAGGACCUCAACGCGGAUGAUUUGGAGGCGGUGUUUCAGAAUGGCAUCAAGCUGGAGGCAUCCCAAAAAGCUAAAGAAAAUACGGAUGUCCUGCCGUGCCUGUCGCUUAAGGACGUGCAGGAGCCGCUCAAGUUUCCACAAGUAACGGAGCAACUCAUUCAAGGUGUCCCCACGCAGCUGUGCAAAGUGGCCACCAACGAAAUAACCUACCUUAAUUGCCUCUUCAAUAUUACGGGAUUGAGUCCAGAAGAGGCUAUGCUCGUGCCAUUGUUCUGCAACGUAAUCAAAAAUGUUGGCACCAUCAAGCACAACUUCCGCGAAUUCGACAAACUGGUUCUUUCGAAAAGUCCCGGAUUCGACUUCAAAGUUAAGGUUGUCGAAAAUGUGAAGGAUGGCAAGUCUUAUCGUACGAGUUUGUUGAUGACGACGUAUGCUCUGGACAAGAACGUUCCCAAUAUGUUUGCGCUGUGCGAGGAGUUGCUGCUGAACUUUAGACUAGAAGAUACAGAUCGCCUGAAGAUGCUUAUAGAAAGCUACGUGUCCAAAUUAUCACUCGGAAUCGCAUUCUCUGGGCACUUGUACGCCAUGUUAGGCUCCGCUGCAUUGGUCAGCGAUGCUGCAAAGCUCAAAUCCCUAUUAUCGGGUGUGGAUCACAUAGAUUUCAUGAAGAAGUAUGUGCAACAGAAUAGCACGGAGCAAAUUCGCGACAGACUGAGGAAUAUUGGCUCUAAAGUCUUCAGCAAAAGCAACAUGCGCGUUGCCAUUAAUAGCUCAGAGGCGUUUCAACCAACAGCCUUGGAACACUACGAAACCUUCCUCAAAAACUUGCCUACUCUGGCAAACCUGAGUGUCAAGAGGGAGUUGGAGUUGUUGAAGCCGAGUUGUAGGCAUUACGUUAUGAAUAUUCCUGUGAACUACUGCGCGAAAUCUUUCUUCGCAGUGCCAUAUUUGCAUGAGGAUCACCCCGUGUUACGCGUCCUGGCGAAACUCGUAUCGGCCAGGUAUCUGAUGCCUGUGGUGCGGGAGCAGAACGGAGCUUAUGGCACGGGCGCAAGGAUCGGCUAUGACGGUCUCUUCAAUUUCUACAGCUAUCGUGAUCCACACUCUACGAAAACCCUGGAUGUAUUCGACAAGACCUACGAGUGGUUAUUGGCCACAAAUGAGAAGCUGAAUCAUCAAAUGUUAUUCGAGGCAAAGCUGGGCGUGCUGCAGUUGGUGGACUGGCCAACGGCUCCUGGUGAAAUUGGCUUGGAUUACUUUAUUUUAGGGGUGUCGUAUGAGGAAUAUUGCAAAUAUCGCUCCCGCGUUCUGUCUGUGACAGUCGAAGAUCUGCGCACUGUAAUUGAGAAGUAUUUUAAAGAGGAAGCAAAUCAUAUUGGAAAAUUCAUUUUGGGACCUAAAAGGGAAAAAUUGGAGGAGAAUCAAAGUCUAUGUAAAUAUAAAUUAAAAGUAACUAAACUGUUUUGAUGUUAUAAAUUAAAUAAA